CGCUGUGUUCACGCGGCUGGCUCUUUGGCUGUAAUAUCUCGUACUCUCUCGUACACAGUUGACUGAGUCAAACUGAAGUAGGAAAGCGAAGGUGGAGCUGGCCGGGGGUUGACUCCGUAGAGUUGACAGUGAAGUAAAAUCCCUGGAAAAACUGUAUUUGCGGAAUCUACUGAAUCAAGAACAAGUGGAUGAUCUAAAAGGAAGCAUACGUUCUCCUCCAGAAAAGGUUUCGCUGGAAUGGGUAAUCUUCUAAAAGUCCUUACAAGGGAAAUAGAGAACUAUCCACAUUUUUUCCUGGACUUUGAAAACGCACAGCCAACAGACUGUGAGAGAGCGGUGUGGAACCAGGUGAAUGCUGUUCUCCAGGAGUCAGAGAGCAUCCUCUCCGGCCUGCAAGCCUACAAGGGGGCGGGCCAGGAAAUACGAGAUGCAAUACAGAAUCCUAAUGACAUGCUCCUUCAGGAGAGAGCGUGGAACUCUGUGUGUCCCCUCGUCAUCCGCCUAAAGAAGUUCUAUGCUUUUUCAUUGAAACUAGAGCAAGCACUGCAGAGCCUUUUGGAGUCUCUGACGUGUCCGCCUUACACUCCCACUCAGCACCUGGAGAGGGAGCAGGCCCUCGCUAAACAGUUUGCUGAAAUCCUGCAUUUUACUCUCCGCUUUGAUGAGCUUAAGAUGAGGAUUCCAGCUAUCCAGAAUGACUUUAGCUACUACAGAAGAACAAUCAGUCGAAACAGAUUAAACAACAUGAAUCUUGAUAUUGAAAAUGAGGUCAAUAAUGAAAUGGCAAAUAGAAUGUCUCUGUUCUAUGCUGAAGCAACGCCUAUGCUGAAGACCCUAAGCACAGCAACAACAAACUUUGUGACAGAGAAUAAGACAUUACCUCUUGAGAACACCACAGACUGCCUGAGCACUAUGGCAAGUGUAUGCAAGGUCAUGCUGGAGACACCAGAAUACACAAGUCGAUUCAACAGUGAAGACACGCUUCUGUUUUGUAUGAGGGUGAUGGUUGGGGUUAUUAUCCUCUACGACCAUGUGCAUCCAAACGGUGCCUUCAACAAAUCCUCAAAAAUUGAUAUGAAAGGAUGCAUUAAAGUCUUAAAAGAUCAGCCCGCAGAUAAUGUUGAAGGUCUCCUUAAUGCCCUCAAGUUUACCACAAAACACCUGAAUGAUGAGUCCACUCCAAAAAAUAUCAGAACAAUGCUCCAGUAAUGGUUUUAAGUGAAGCGGGUCAAUAUCCUGACCUCAAAAGAUGUAUAUGUUUACAUUUAUUUAAGGACUUGAUGUUAAUACUUGGGUGUAUUUACAUAAUCAUUCCCUCCAAGUCACUGCAAUGUAGAGAAAGCAGACCUUUA